GGUCAUUAUUGACUCUCAAACGAAUCAGUCUAAAGGCUAUGGUUUCGUUUCCUUCCGAGAAGUACGGAGCGCUAUGAAAGCCGUCGAGACAAUGGACGGUUUUCUGACCAGCACCGGACGGAGAUUGAAAGUCCAAAUAAAGAAGGGAGAGGAGGAAGCUGCAGCGCAAGCGUUGGGAAUACCUGUUAGUCAGGUGAAAGCAAAUGGUAGGAAUAUGCCCGUCUGUGUGGGGGUAAUUUUGGUAACUCUCUUAGCCGAUCGUGGUGGUUCGGGUAACCGAGCUACACCUUAUUAA